AUUUCACUACCCUUAUUGGAUAGUCUAUACCUCUGUCUCAAUUUGUGUGACUCAUGUGGCUCUUCUGGGACUGGAAAUAGGGACAGAAUGCGAAGGCAUCUGCGAUAGCCUGACAGGUCAGCAUAUGCCAGUCAGAGGAGCUGAGCAGCAUGGCAGCUGCAUUCUUGGACGGGAAAGAUGCACACUCACUCCUUAAGCGCUUCCCGCGGGCCAAUGGCUUCCUGGAGGAAUUCCGCCAGGGCAAUAUUGAGCGAGAGUGUGUGGAAGAGAGCUGCAGCUUUGAGGAGGCCAAUGAGGUGUUCGAGAACAAGGAACGCACGAUGGAGUUCUGGAAGAUGCGCAGUGCCGGCAGUAAUGCCGAGUCCCGCUCCGACAGUAAGGAUGUGGUGUUUAUGGUGGUGCCCCUCCUGGUCAUGACGCUGCUGGCACUCAUCGGGCUCUUCCUCCUGUGGCGCUGCCAGCUGCAGAAGACCAUGCGCCGCCGGUGGCCGGCCUACCCGCAGAACCGCUACCUGGCCAGCCGCAACUCACGCAGCCUGCCUCGCAUCCUGGUGCACCGGGACACGCCGCCGCCGACGUCCUCCUCCCAGGCUGACCAGUCCCACCACCAUCACCACCACCACCACCCUGCGGCCGCGUCUGCCCCCGUCCUCCCUGAGCCCCCUCCCUGCCGACCCACGGUGAUCAUCAGCGGGGUGGAGAGAAGCGGUGGUGGAGGGAGGGGCAGCGUGUCCGAGGUCCCGCACCCGCCAAACGGCCGCGCCCUCUACGUGCAGGAUUCCUCCACAUCGGUGGCGUCGCGACUAUCCGGGGCCACGCCACCGCCAUCUUACGAGGAGGUGACGGGCCACGCCGAGACCAGCAGCGACGAGACCACCGCUCCUUACAGUGACCCGCCGCCCAAGUAUGACGAGAUCAUCAAGGACAAGUGAACUUGUGAUGCCAGGACAGUAGACAGUGGCAGGGAGAGGGGGAAGAGACCUUUUUCAAUUUUGUCAAAAUGCACCCUUUCUCUUUCCAACUCCGAGGGGUGUUUUUGUAAUGCCUGUUGCUGCCAGAGCAUGCCAUUUGUGUGAGUGUUUGGCUUUGCAUCUGACUUUCCUUUCCUCUUGUCAUUGAUUGCCCUGGGGGAGUGUGUUUUGCGGGUAGCUGCCUAAGUGUUUGGCUGUGUUUCAUAUGGCAAUUCUAUGAAGAUUUGGAUGAUGCUGAAAAGAAAACGCAACCUCUCUAUGACAACAGAAGCGCAGGCUCAGGUCUUCACCCCUCUUCCUGUUGUGCCAUGUCCUCUGUCCCACCACUCACAAAGAGCACUCUCUCUCUCUUUUUCUCUCUCACUCUUCUCUCUCUCUCUCUCUCUCUUACCUUGUAACGCCUCAACUUUGGCCUUAACAUUUGAAGAAGGGACAAAUAUCAUUAUGGAGGGGGGAAGGGGAUGGAAAACACUUCCUCUACAUCUACAGUUUAUAACAUUUCUGACAUUUAACACAAAGGCAAUCAAGUAGGGUGAGAUUAAUCUGAAGGUUCCUGAGGUCAUGUGGUGAAAUGUACUUCAGAGCUACUUAUGGAAACAUAAGUUCCACAGAGUCUAAAGAGGAAAAACAAAGUUAAUUAUGAAUAAGUUGCUUAUGAUCCACAUUUCAUGUGCCAGAAUGGGGAUUUAUAUAAUUCCUUGUAAGAUAAAUUUACGGUAAAGUUUACGUCACAGAGAAGCAUUCUAAAAAAAUGUCAUGUGUUUAAUAUUUACUUAUUGGAGUGCCAAAAAACACUAUAGCGUAUGACUUUAUAUAUUUAUCUGUAUCCUGAGAAUUAAAACUGCCCUGUAUUCACUGCCAACACACACACACACACACACACACACACACAGUGUACACAUGUACAGAGACGCACACUUGUAAACACUUGUGUAUCUUAUAAAGUGCAUGAUCAGUGUAUCAGCCAGGAAUCCUACUGAGACCAAAACAUCCACAUACACACAUGCAUGUGCACACACACACACACACACACACACACACACUCAUUCAAAGAAUGGAGUCUACAUUCCGGUUUUAAUCCCCCAACACAACCUUUGACUGUUUACUCUUUGUAUGACAAAAGACAACUAAGUAAGAUUGUACAGAGCAUUCAGCACUAGCUUAUUUAACCAUGUGCUGUACUGUUUCAUUUAUUUUCUGUGCUGCUUACAUAAUUGUGGUCUGUUUUAUCUUGACUUAGUGACUGUCGAUAAUGCUAGGACUGUGAUUCAUCAGCCAAGCAGCCCAGCAUACAAGAACAGAUGCCCUAUGCUCAGGUUUUAUCCAAUGUUAAACAGCACAAACCUAGUGAGUUUAACACACUGCCAGAACUGAGAAGACCUCAGAGCUUUACAGCAGGACAGAACAUGAGUGAUUGAGAAACGCCAUUGACAAGUCAAGGAAGACUGGACACAUGGUCUUUUAAGUGACCAUGCGCUUACUUUCAAUGUCUGGUGGGCCUGGUGAGAGUGCUACCGUGCAAAUAGUUUUAGUUGUGAAUUGACUUGACUGACUUAAGUAUUCAUUGUGCCCCAAGCACUGGAAAAGUGUUUCUUGUCUUAACCAACAUGAGUGCUAGUAGGAUGAUUAUAUACUAAAUGCAGUCAAAGCACUAUUAUAUACUGUGUUGAAGAGAAUGUGGUUGCGUGUGUGUGUGUCUGUCUGUGUGUGUGUGGCGUGUCGGCGUCCUUGCACAUGCUCUUGUGGGUGUGUGUUCAGUGAGUUUUUACCUGGAGGUGUGUCCGUGUGUUACAAUGUACGUUUUCUGUAGGAAAAAAUCUAAACAUUAAUGAUAGGAAGGAAAUCACUGUCAUCCUCAUAUGAACAUCAUUCAUUUCAUGUGUACAAGCUGCCAAAACCAUCUUACACCUCUAUGCCAAAUUGCAUGUCAUUUUUUAUAUUGAUCUAUUUAUUUAUUUAUUUAGUAAUGAACAUCUCUGCUGUAUUUUUGCUUUUAUGGACUUUCUAUGUUUUCUGAGUCGUAAAUGACUUAAAUGAGUUGGCCAUCAA